CAUCAGCACUGGCAGCGCGCAUUUCUGCCGGUCUGUCCCGCAAGCGUGAACUUUUUUUUUCUGCUGCAGCCGGUGAUGUUUAGACAAGAAGGAGACAGGGGAAUAUUGAUUUUUCCGAUCGGGUUUGGAUCCAUUGCGCUGUGUAAAAUACUUGUGAAGAUUAGAAAUUUGUUUGUAUGUGAAACAUUCCUAAAUUUCUAUAUGCAUUGUGGACUUAUGCAGUUCUAACAGAAUUAUGACUACACGUCAGAGGCGCACUGCAUCUGAAGGAAAUUCGUUCAACAUGUGGGUCUCGACAAAUAAAGUGUUGAUUGGAUCAGUUGGAGGACCAAAGAAACCACAUUGUAGAAAUCCAAACUUUGAUUGUGAAGAAACUAAACUGCUCAUUUCAUUAUGGGGAGAUCCAAAGGUUCAGAAAACGCUGGUCACAACUCACAGGAAAAAUCCAGUGAUAGCCAAAUUGGCUUCAAAAAUGAGAGAGUACGGUUACAAUCGAUCUACCGAGGAAAUAAAUACGAGGAUUAAGAAUCUCAAAUGUUUCUACAAUCGGAUUAAGAAAGACCUUGACACCGGUGUUAUCAGUGAAACUUCAUGGAAACACUUCCAAUCGAUGGAUGAAAUUAUGACCAGGCCGAUUUUCGGUAAUAAUCAGCAACUGUCUAGUGCCGAUGGUAGCGCUGGGACGUCAUCAGGAAGCAAAAAACAGCUACCCGAACAAAUAGAUGUUAAGUUGGAAAUGGUUACCGACGAAGAUAAAGAAAUACAAACUGAUGAGCUGCUGAAAAAUGCCGAGCAAGUCGAACUCAAGGAACCGAAUUUACUAAUACCCAAGGACGAACCGAUGAACGAUGACAAUGAGGAUGAUCCGAAUGAUCCAGAUUUUGUCAACGAUGGUGACGAUGAAGACGAAACUAUGAGCGAUGAUAGUGACGAAUCAGAUUUCGACAUCGAUAAUGAACGUCGUCGUGCUCGUUUGCGUCGGAGAGCAUCUCGCAAAACAUCGAAGGUAAAUUCUGAAAACACCACAACAUCCUCCACCACUUCAACAGUUACUGUUUCAACUGUUUCGACUGCUACAUGUCUACCACCACCUUUGAUUGCACCGGCACCGCAGUCGCAGUCGCAGUCACAAAACACAAUCAAAAUCAUCAAUUACACCGGAAAACCUGGAAUUAACAUAUCAACGAUUGUUUCGAACCCCAAUGUAAACACACAAUCAGCAAACCAAACUAUGACCCUCGUCUCUGGUACCUCCACAAUGACCACUACAAACAGCACAGGAAAGAUUUCACUGGUUCCUACAAAUUUUCUUCUCAAACCGCAGACUCCAAAUAUAAACUUCAAUUCACCGAUUCAACUUUACACGAAACCCACUGUAUCGAUAGCCAAUAGCAUUCCAACAUCGGUUGUGGUUUCAUCUGCCUCUUCUGUACAGCCAAUGAAACUUCUAUUGGUAAAUACCGCCGGUUCUCAAAAGCAACAAAUGUUCACCUCGGCUUCUAACCAAAUCUAUACUACCACACCAACUCCCGUAGUUAAAACCACUCCGGCGACCCAAAUAGCGAUACAACCAAAACCUGUCAUAACGGCGUCCACAAGCAUCAUGAGUAUUCCACCAAAACAACCAGACCCUCCACCAGCAAUUACCAUCACACCCAUGGCAACCAAACCGACUGGAUUCAAAGGACUUCUUGGUCAAUUAGUGUCCUUACAACGAGAAAGUCUUGCCAUCUCACGCAGUAGAAUGGCUGUCGAACGGGAACGUCUUAAUAAUGAGAAGCAGAUUGCAUGUUCAUUAGUAGAGGCACUCAAUGAUUUGAACAAUAUGCUGCAAAGCUACAGCGGUACGGUUAGCAUCGGUGACGAUUACGGAUUUAGUACGUCGCAAUUGUUUUCCCAGUCAGUUGCCACCGCGGAUAAAGACGGAAGAGCUAAUGAUAUUAAGCAACAAGAUACUCCCGUUGUCAGUGAUCUAAUUCCUGUGAUUGAUACUAUAAAAGCAGAAGUAAUAAGUGACUCUGACUAAAAUAUUCCAUGAAAAGUAAUUCAAGUAUAAGUCUAGCACCUGUACGAAUAUAUUCAAAAAUUUAAUUUAACAGUUUAGUAGAUUAUUUUCUGUGGAUGUGUACCAAGGAAACCUUAAAAUGUUUAGACAAUUGUUAUCGCGAAUGCAGACAUUAUGGUUUUGGAUUGAUACAUCAAUUAAAAACAGUCCCUGUACCAACAUAGCUCGAUUUAAAUGACUGUCACGUUCGUAUUAGUCUGAGAAUGUGAAUAUGUCAAAGGCCAUAAAUGAUGCCUGUAUUUUUGUUGCAUGGACUAACAAAUCAUCUAUCCAAUAAUGCUAUUAUUUACGACUGUAGAUAUGAAAAAAACGUUUAACACGAAAUCUAGUCCCCAUUAGAAAUACACGUAAUACUCAAAAUGUAGAAUUUUACUAUAAACUGAAUGCUCAAAGCCUCUGACAAAACAAUAAAAUUUUAUCACAAAAA